AGUAAGUCAAGGUUAUGCCGGGAAUUAAUCUUCCUUUGUCGGACAUCAUGUAUUACCUGAUGACUCUCCUUGUGUGUAGUGUGAUUCAUGAAGUGGGACAUGCUCUUGCUGCUGUAAGAGCUAAUGUCAGAAUCCAGGGAUGUGGACUUUUUGUUUUUGGUAUUUUUCCUGGAGCUUUUGUGGAUCUUCCAACAGAACAUGUCUCCAUGUUGUCGGCAUGGCAACAGUUGCAAGUGUUUUGUGCUGGGGUGUGGCACAACAUGAUACUAGCCGGUACUGCUGCCUUGCUUUUAAUGAUGAACCCUUACUUUGGUAGCUUGAUGUACCAGCAUGAUGCUGGAGUCACUGUUGUCUCUGUCGACCAGAACUCUGGGAUUUCUGGACCAACAGGACUAGUUGUUGAAGACCAAGUGUCCGCGAUAAAUGGUUGUCCGGUGAGAAAUGAGGAAAUGUGGAGAAAUUGUCUGGUGGCAGUGGCAUCAAAACCACCAGUUGGUUAUUGUGUUGGCAGAAAUUUUCUUGAAUUAGAAAACAAACAAGUGUUAGAUUGGACAGUGGGUAGUCAAGACAGUAACUGUUGUGGGAAUAUCAGUGAAAGUCGACUUUGUUUUGUUGAACAAGUUAGAAAGCACUACUACUGUCUUCCAGUUCGAAAGAUGCUAACAGAGUUCUCUGGUACAUGCAACUCCAGUAGUCCAUGUCGAAAUGCUGAAUUGGCUUGCCUGAACCCUUUGUUGGACAACGUUACACGCUUGGUAUCCGUGAAUCGUGAGGGUCGUGACAGCGUGCUUUUUGUUGGACAACCUGCUGAAAUUUUCAGUGCAGUAGGUGUGUCUGACUGGAUAUCCAAGUUUUACAUGGUGCCAUCUAGAGUCAUCCACGCUUAUGAAACUUUUUUAAAAUACAUAGUGUCAUUUUCAGGAGCUUUAGCCAUUUUGAAUUUAAUACCCUGUUUUCGUCUCGAUGGACAGUGGAUUGCCCAAGCUAUCAUAGACGUGAUUGUUCCUGUGAAAAGUUACAGAAAUAUUAUCGGUAGCUUAGUGGUUUAUUCUGGUACAUGUAUACUAGGGUCAGUUGUUUUUCUUGGUUUGUGGAGUCUGUAUCAACAGUGAAGGGUUGCUACAAGUUCUUCACGUCUGUUAUUCUUCAGUGGAAGUGUAUAUUUGAUUUGUACAUUACAGCUUUAAGAAUCCACCAACUGUGAAAGUAAAUGUGUGACCAUUUUUUCUAUCUUAGCAAAGAAAGUUUUGGAUCAGAAGAGAGUAAAACAAAAACUAAUAUUUGAGGCAUAAGUCAAAUUUUUUUUACACUUUUACACUCGUGGCAUUUUAAAAGUAAUAUCACAUGGCUAGGCCUAUGUCUACGGACAAUUUGCAAAUUGAAAUCUGAAAUUCUUUAACAAAGGGUAAGGAAGGGUAAUUUAUUGAUGGUUGGUUACUGUAACCUGUAACAAAAUAUUACAGCAAGUUGAAGUGAUGUUAAUAAAGAGCACGUUAAGGAAUUUAUCCAUUUUGAGGUUUUUAGAUAAAUCUAACUUUAAUAUAAAAUUAAAUUUUUAUACCAAAUC